AUGUACAAGGAUGAUUUAUCUAAUUCUUUGAAAAUGAUUCUUUACCGAACAUUAAUAGAUUUCCCGAAGGAUGAUGUUCAUAUUUUCGCAUUAAUGUCUACUGGAUUUGUUAUGAAUAGCGUAGUUGGUAAAUUAGAUUCUUCGUUAACUUCGAAAUUACCAAAUUAUGGUAAGAAAUUUGAUAAGCAAAGUUAUUGGAUUGUUGAGAAACCAAACAGGAAACCCGAUGAUCCGGUAUUGAUUUAUUUACAUGGUGGUGGCUAUUUUCUUGGUAUUGUUCCUCAACAAAUUGAAUCGAUGGUGACAACAUAUUAUCUAUUGGAUGCUUCCAAACGUGAAAAUUUAUCCAUUUUAGUAUUGGAUUAUAAUUUGACUUGUCAAGGUUAUCCAAUUCCCCACCAGUUAUCUCAAUUAGUUGAAACGUAUUCCAAUUUGGUUAAAAAUGGAGCUGAGAAUCUUUUAUUAAUGGGUGACUCUGCUGGUGGUAAUUUAGCUGUAACUUUCACUCAAUAUUUAAGAUUAUCCAAUAGCGUUAAUUUGCCGUAUCCUAAAAGUUGUGUUUUAAUUAGUCCUUGGGUUAAAUUGAUUGCAGAAACUUAUCAAAAUACACCAGGACAUUCAUAUUAUAAUUAUUCAAAAGUUGAUAUGCUUCACUUUGAUACAUUUUCAAGUGCUGAUUUAUACAAACAUAUUCUUGGUGAUACAAAACUCAAUUCUUUAACGGUAUCUCCUGGGAAUUGUCCAUAUGAUCCAAAAGAUUGGGAUGAUAUUUCAACUUAUAAGCAACCAGGUCAUUCUGUAUUUGUACUUGCUGGAGAACAUGAAACUUUCCGUGACGAUAUUUUGGAAUGGAGUAAAUGUGUUUUGGAUUAUCCUAUUGAUAAGUUGGAUUUCAAAGACUCUAAUGGUGAAUUUGAUCCCAAAGCUCAUAGAUAUAUUAGAAACGAUGCAAAUUCAGCUUAUGUUGAUAUUACCAUUGUUCCUUGGGGCCCUCAUGAUUACUUAUAUUUUGAUCAUUCAUUGAUUGGCAAAUUGAAGCUGGAACCUACGUUGAAACUCAAUUCAAUCAAUAAGAGGAAAUAUUUUGCUACUAUAAGUGUAGUCAAUUUCCUCAACACUGUGUUACCAGGAAAAAACUAA